GGGAUUAGAUCGUGUCUUCUUACACCAUCAUGCCCAAUAUUUCAACGCCAGGUAUUCAGGGAGGCGGCAGAUGGAUGUAGUAUGUUUGAUUUCUAUCUGGAGGCCUUGUCGAUCCUCGCCUCUGGGUAAAUACCGACAUGCUUGUAAGGCUUUCCAUAUGAUACAUGACCAAUAGGCACGCCGGCUUGUGACUUCGAACCUAUAAUGGCGGGCAUAAUGUACCAGUCGUCUUAUGGUAUAUAUCAUCGCUGUAUUCCCCCGACUAGGGGUUUUCUGGGGAUUUGGGUAAUCAGUAUGAACUAACCUAGUUGAUUCGUCCUCGGAAUCGGAUCGCCCAGCAUGAUCCCAGAAGCAGAUCUCUGGGGAAGGCUUCCCCUGGAGUUGAUCGAGCGGAUCUUAGACGUUCUGGUAGACGAUUAUGACCAGGACCCUGCAUAUCAAUGGACGACCUUGCGGCAUACAGCAAGAAGACAGAUGCGCCGCAUCGAACGCCAUUUCUUGAGGUAUUGGGUCCCUAAGCUAACUAUUACGCUGUACUCGGGGCCGCGAUGUCAGAUCGAUUAUAAGCUCUCCAACCAUACAAGUGAGGGCGGCUUUGAAUCUAGUCGCGUUCGAUUUCAGACUUCAGGAGCUAGCCUUUCGAGUUCACUGAACAAAAGGGAAAUCCAUGCCUUGUGGAAUCAAUAUAGCUUCGAAAAUCCAGUCGCGCAUCUCAGAUUAGGCGAGGGCAUCUUAAAGAAGGGUAUGACAGGGGGCUAUAUUGUCAAUGACACCGACAUCGCUGAUCUGAAAGUGGAAAAUGAUGGCCUCGAUAUCAUAUUCAACUGGAGGAAGACACUUGACGCACUGCUUCGGGAAGAGAUAAUGAUGCGUAGGCUACAAGCAGAGAUGACUUUGGAUAAGAAGAUGGAGUUAAUAGCUGAGCAUCGGUGGCCGCCAUUCCCCAGGAUUCAGAGGCUGGCCCUCGUCAAGCACUUCGUGCUGGACAUACAAAUGGCUAAACGAGUUGCUGUCCAGCAACACCGUCUAAAGCAUUACGAUGCAUCCAACGAGAUUAAGUUAGGAAGUCUAACUCCCGAGUCCCAAUACCUGCAUAAGCAAUCCCUUCUUCCGUUGCCUCCGGCGACAAAGCCGAGAAGAGCGUGUUGCGUAAUCUGCUCUCGCCAAACAGGCCCGUCCAUAUUCGAGGUUGUCUCCUGCGAGGAGAGCGUGGUGCUCAGCCUAGAUGGGUGGGAAAACCUCGACAAAGAGGAAUUACUCGACUUGUAUGCCGAGGCGUACGGUUGGAACUGUUACCGAUGUCUGGGACAAGAGGACAAUGUCGAGUGGCAGCAGGUAAGUAAGAACGACUGGCUCAGCGUAUGCGCCAGCGGUGCCGAGAAACUGCAUAACGUACGAAGGUGGAACCCUUGGUUCUAGACGAGACUACGGAAGUUUGAAACCGUAGGGUUGGUUUCUCCUCUUGAAUCGAUGAUAUAAGCUCUAAGUUGGACCAUCUUGAGACAAUGAAUGUAUAACCAGAAGGAAGAGGUGUGCUUCAAUCAUGUUUUAUAACUGUAAGUGGGUGGAUGUUUUUCGUUAACUAGGGAGUAACGAGAAGUUCGAGCGCAAGUUUGCUACUUUAGGCUAUCAGUGCCUAAGCAUUUACGAAUUUACAUGGUAGCUUAGGGGAGAGAUAAUAAAUAUAACCGCUUC